GCCAGCAUCAAGCAGAGAGAGAGCCUGAGCCGAGACGUUACUGAGAAACAGAACACGAAGGACGGGGCAGACAAACACAGAACCUACUUUUACUAAUGUAGAUGAUAGGUUAUUCAGAGCGGACACACAGGAGAGAGAUAGCAGUUCAGACUGGCAUCUGUCGAUCCAGCAGAUGAAAUGGCGGUGAGGCAAAGGAUCUUUAACUCAACAUCACCGUUCUCCGGGUCAUCCCAGGCCGAGCUGAAGGGGUCAUACCCAUCCUGCUCGGCUGCGGAACAGGAGACGGAGGAAGAGGAAGAGGAGGGGAAGGACAGCAAAAUGGGCUACAUACCCUGUUUAAACCCCUUGAUAAACAAAGUCCUGACACAUGGGACUGCAGAGCAAGUGGGAGAAAUGCCACUGAAGAACUCAACCUUCAUUGCCCAAGCAGAAUGUGAAACACAGGACUCCCAACAAUUCAGUCCAUCGUGUUCUGAACGUUCGUUUGUUCCCUCCCCUUAUUCCUUCAUCAGUAUUUCCUUAGAGCACAACAAUGUGGCGUGCCCAACCACAGCCUCCAUCCAGGAGCCGAGCAGCUCAUCAGGACAGCUCACUCCAAGAAAGAAGACCAGGAAGAGACAGAAGCGCAAGGGGAAGAAAAAACAGGAGAAGAAGAAUGACAAGCAGCGACACAGACAUCGAAUGCCUUCUGGAGUCCCUGAACAGGAGAGUGGAAGUUCUCUGGUCCGGAUCUUGGAGGAGUCGUCUCUUGGAGAGAGAAGUGACCUCAGUACUUCUUGCUGUAGCAGCAUCGAAAGCUCAGAAGAGCAGGACAGAGGACCUUUUCUCUACAGCCGACUCAUCUACAACACAGGCUCCAGCUGCUCUCCUCUGAACUGGAGGGACCAGGUCUGCGGCGGCUUCUCCAGUCUCCAUUCCUAUGGGCAGGACAGCGACUCAGACUCCCUCAGAAGUCUGGGAGACUGUUCGCUGGCCCUUGCUGGCCUCAGGGCCAGUGUCAGUCAGGGGGACCCAUGCUACGCGGCGCCCUUUUUCAAAGACGUGGAGAGAGAUGUAAGAGAAGAGGAAGAUGAUUUCUCCGCAGCUGAUUCUGUCCCCAAUGAGGGAUUAAUCUUUUACAAUGAAAAACUCCAGCCUGUGGACUCUGAAUACAGGGAAGGGAGGGAGUAUGUCCUCUCACAGUUCGUCAAGGAAGGCUCCUAUGGUGAAGUGCACAGUGCUCAAGAUGUCAACACAGGCUUCAAAUUUGCCAUCAAAAAGAUCCCCCUGAAGAGGUUCAGCAGUGAGGAGGUGGGUGCGUGGAGUACCCUCCGUUCUCCUCGUGUGGUGGAACUCUUUGGAGUGGUCAGAGAGGGGCCUAAUGUCGUCCUUUUCAUGGACCACAAAUCUGGCUCCCUGGGCCAGCUGAUAGCAGAGCGUGGCAGGCUGCCAGAGGAUCUAAGCCUCCACUACCACUGGCAAGUCUUAACAGCGCUUCAGUACUUGGUGAAGAAAAAAGUGGCGCAUUUAGACAUUAAAGCUGACAAUGUGUUGUUGUCAAAGGACGGUAGAGACACCUUCCUGUGUGACUUUGGACAUGCAGAGAGACUUGAUAAUCAGGGACAGAGCCUGAGUGGGUCCAGAGAUCUGAAGGGCUCAGAGACUCAUAUGGCCCCUGAGAUUGUAAAAGGGGAACCCCGCGGAGCCAAAGCAGAUGUGUGGAGCAGCUGCUGUAUGUUACUGAAUAUGCUCAAUGGGUGUCAACCUUGGACAAGAUACUACACCUGUAGACUUUACCUGAAGAUUGCUAACGAACCUCCGCCUCUGAGAGAGAUCCCCCCUGACUGUAGUCCGCACACAGCUGAGGUUAUCAAGGCGGGACUGCAGAAGGAUCCAGCCAAGAGAGCAUCAGCAUCUGACCUCAAAGAGAAAACUGCCAAAGCUCUGGAAGAAGUGGGAGGACUCACCAGCCCAGUGAAGGGACCCUACACAGAGCCCCUGUAUUUUGCCGACAAACCUCCUGACUCCCUGCAACUUAUCGAUAGCAGUUUUGACUACGAGGAGCAUCAAGAGUCUGUUGAGGAAGUGAUCACAACUGGGAGGAAGACGAAAGAGCUGGGUGAUGCCAAUGAAGAGGAGGCUGAUUCUGGCGAAUCAAAGCGAGGUUCGCCUUUCUGUCCGCAAACGCUGAUUUCUGAGCCAAACCACAAGAGGGGCAACAAGAUCACCACUGUGCCUGAACUAGAGCUACGUAAACUGGAGCAAGAUUUCUACCUGAGCAGUCUGUCCCAGCUUCACCCAGCUGAGAUGCAAGAGCAGCUGUUGUCUUGUCUCAGCAGUGACCCAUACUCCAACUGGGAACCAUGGGACAAAAAGGACUCUGGCCGCUGGUCCCUGAGCCCAGGAGACGACGUCAGCUCUGGUGUCUUCUCCUACAACAGUCAGCCAGAUGUGCAGGUUUUUAGUCUGGAUUUGCUGAGUCACACACAGCUACCACCACCGUGCUGUUUUGAAGGGGUUGAUGUCUGCAUCAGAGACUUCAACAGGAGAAGCAUCCGCAUCAGAGAGACGCGCCGGGUAAAGGUGGGCCACAUCGCCACUGGAAUCAGUGAUCAGAUCUCUGGGAGGGUUUUCACCUUGGAAACCCAGCAGGGGCAGCAGAUAGGUCACGAUGAGGAGGUCCAGGAGUCUGGUCUGGAGCUCUGCUGCGUUCCUGCUCCAGAUUUCAGCUCCGCCUGGAGGUGGAGGAUCAGAGACGGAGUGCUGGAGACGAGAUAGAGGCCACAGCUCUCUCGGUGCGGUGUCAUCUUAACCGUUGCAGAUGCGGCCUUCUGUUGAAUUGUGCGAGGAUCAUGCUUUCAUUGCGGAUAAAAAAAAAUUAAAAAUAGCAGUGCUGCCUUUUUAGCAAACGUGUCUUAUGUUUAAAUGCCAUAAUGUGGGGGUGUUGUGUAGCAUUUUGUCUUCAAGGUGUUAAUUCCUGUCAAUGAACUGAGCUUUUUUGACCACUGUGAUCUUUAUGUUACACCUUUUCUUAUUGCAUGCUUAAAUUGAAACAUUAAACAUGAUAUGAAACUGCAGAA